CGGUUAAAUAAGCAUUUUCAGUGUUUCACAGAGAUUUGGAGGAUAACUAAAAGUAGACUGUGAGUUCAGAGCAGGCUAUCGGGUUACUUUGCAUUUUCAUCAUUUUUUGCUCCGCUAUCUGUGACACUGGGAGGACUCGCUCUGUCGCUGUGGACGUGGUCAGUCGGCGUGUCCCGACUUGGAGUGACGGCUGAGCAGACCUAUGAUCCCCCCCCCCUCCUCGAAUCUUUGGCUUUUUUUUUUUUUUUUUUACGCUGGCCCGUUUUCUGCCAAACUGUAACGUUAACUUUUUUUUUUCCCUACACCGUGACCUGUUUUACACGUCCGACAGCACACGAGCAGAGGACAGUCGGGUUCCAACAUGUCUGUGGCGGGUUUGAAGAAGCAGUUUUAUAAAGCCAGUCAGAUGGUUAGUGAGAAAGUUGGCGGAGCAGAAGGAACCAAACUGGAUGAUGACUUCAGAGACCUGGAACGGAAAGUGGACGUGACCAGCAAGGCGGUCGCGGAGGUGAUCUCCAAAACAUCGGAGUACCUUCAGCCCAACCCAGCAUCGCGGGCCAAGCUGUCCAUGUUGAACACCAUGUCCAAGAUCCGCGGUCAGGUGAAGAACCCGGGCUACCCUCAGGCCGAGGGGCUGCUCGGAGAGUGUAUGGCCAAGUACGGACGGGAUCUGGGAGAGGACACUAACUUUGGCGCUGCUCUGGUAGACGUAGGAGAAGCCAUGAGGCGGUUAGCAGAAGUGAAAGACUCUCUAGACAUCGAUGUGAAACAGAACUUUAUUGACCCGUUACAAAGCCUGUGUGACAAGGACCUUCGAGAGAUCCAGCACCAUCUGAAGAAGCUGGAAGGCCGUCGGCUGGAUUACGACUACAAGAAGAAGCGCCAGGGCAAGAUCCCAGAUGAGGAAGUCCGGCAGGCCCUGGAGAAGUUUCAUGAGUCAAAGGAAGUGGCUGAGACCAGCAUGUACAACCUGCUGGAGACUGACAUCGAGCAGGUGAGCCAGCUUUCGUCUCUCGUCGAGUCGCAGCUGCAGUACCACAAACAGGCCGUGCAGGUGCUGGAGGAGCUUUCUGACAAACUACGCGACAGGAUGACAGAAGCUCAGUCGCGACCAAGACGAGAGUACACACCUAAACCCAAACCCAUUUUUGACUUUGGAGACAACAACCACUCCAACGGGGGUUACUCAACCUCAAUGGCGCCGCCUCCUUCACGCAACUCGGCACAGCCGUCCUUUCUCUUUGCAACAUUGUCCUUUCGGAAACCAGGAUUGUCCCCAGAGCAGCCGAGCUGUAAGGCCCUGUACGACUUUGAGCCGGAGAACGAGGGGGAGCUGGGCUUCCACGAAGGCGACAUCAUCAUCCUGACCAACCAAAUCGACGAAAACUGGUACGAGGGCAUGCUGAACGGCCAGUCGGGAUUCUUCCCCCUCAACUACGUGGAGGUCCUCGUCCCGCUGCCACACUAAAACAAAAGCUCUGCGGUGGAGCCGAGAGGCGUAAACAUUGGUGGGGAGACGAGAAGUGAAGAUACGAGACACUCUACAAAGGUUUCAUUUUCACAGUGAGCCUCGUCGUCAACCACCAGGAGCGGGCACUUUUUUUUUUGUAAACACAAGAUCUGGAUGUGAUAUCAAAGCGUAUACGAAGCUUUUCCUCAGAAAUAUCAAAACCAUCCAGACUAGGACUGAGACAAAGCAUUUUUAUCUUUCACCUGACAGUAAAACACAUUUCCUUGGGAGCUAACUGUUGACAGAUAAGUGAGCAACGCCGUUUUUCAUCACAAACUGAUGAGAGAAAAUAGAUUUUCAGUCCCCUUCGUUGCCAUAAGUGGGUUGCCAGAUCCUCGCCGGCCUUUUGUGUAAACUGCAGUCUGAAUGGCUCAGGACGGCGAUCCACCUAGCGUUAAAUAGAGUAGCUCUGUUCUGCAUUAAAGACGCCACCUCAGACCUCACAGCCAAUCCGUGUGAACCUGGGUAGUAUCAGUUCAAAACAAAAUAGUUCCCUCAGAGUGCUGCAGCGCUAACCGCGAUGCCACCUUCUGGCAAGACCCAGAAUUACUUUCAUCUCCACUAAAUUGAAAUUACAUGUGAAUAAAUAGUUGUAAUACCUGUAUUACAAUAUAUAUAUAUAUAUAUAUAUAUAUAUAUAUAUAUAUAUAUAUAUAUAUAUAUAUAUAUAUAUAUAUAUAUAUAUAUAUAUAUAUAUAUAAUAUGCAUGCAAAAACAAUCUGAUUUGGACUGUUUUGAAGUUUUGCCUUUACUUUUUUGUUCCACGGUGGCUUCAGCAGCCAACGGGUCUGACGGUAGCUACCUUCACUUUCAGUGUUUCCGCUCCCAUACCUUCACAGUUUUCAGGAGUCCGACUGCUUACGUCCCAUGCGAGGCAAUGUAACGGCACCUUGCUCUUCAGCUGAGAUUAAAACAUGUCACCGACGUCGUCUGCCAUUACACACAGUGACCCAAAGGUAAAAGCUGACGUUGCACCUUUUUGUCAGUCCGUUUAACCGAGGAGGCAGAGCCAAAAAAAAGAGUAAAAUGCAAUAGAAACAUAUUACCUGAGUGUAGACCUUUUGUUCCGCUAAUGGUCCUAUAACACAGCCAUAAGUUCCUGUAGUUUGUUACCUUUUUAUUGUAGCAUGUUCAGCUUGUCUUUUUUUUUUUUUAAAUAGCCUUUUGGAGCCCUGCACCAGUAACUCCAUGCAGUGCCUGAACAGACGUCGCUGCUGGCAGCGAGCCGGUCUUUCACACAUUCACCACUAACUGUCCCGCUCUCGCCGCCGGGGCCUCGUGUCUCAGAGAAUGUGAAUCUGCUUACAGUCUGAACCUGUAAUUUCUGCACGUUCACCAUGAAUUGGACUUGAAGGAUUUGUGUUGUUGUCUCGGGGCGGGACUGUUCAGACAGGGCUGGCUUCCGGUUCUGAACCGUCCAAAUAUCCACAGGUGGAGUCUGAGCCCUACAGGCGCAGCUCAGUGUGAGAGACGGAGGAAAGUUUAAAAGGGAAAACAUCGAGGGAAGCGUGAUAUAUAUUAUUUUUUCUUCUUCUAAACUGUUGUCCAUCUGGAUGAAUAUGGAUCGUAAUUGUUACCAAACAAUUUUACCUUUAAAUUGUCAUGGUUGUCUGUGGUGUUAUAACUAUGAAUGUCAGUUCUGUGCUUUUUUUAAAAUCAUGUAGUGUUUUAUUUUCCUCCCUUUCAUUCGCUCUGACUCUUCCAUCUCUGUGCGUGUGGUCCUCAUCCGAUACGUUUACACCUCUGACCGCGCCGCGUCUCAAAGUGCAGUUCAAGGCUAACGGGCAUGAAAGGUGCUGUGGUUAUUAGCCGGGAGUCCAACAUGCAUGUUUUAGUGCCUAUGGAAAACAAAAGAGGGACUGAGAGCAACCAAAUCUAACCCGUUUACUGAAAAAUUUGUAAAGAAUUGUAUUGUUUUUAUUUCUAUCCAUCGGCACUUUUCUGUGUUAUUACACCCGUGUGUGUGUGUUCUACACACUGAUGACACUACAGGCAGUUUCCUGCACAUGUUCAGAGUGAUCAAAGAUUUCAUGAAACGAUCCAUGAAAACUGUUUUCCUUCUUCUUUUUUUAUAAUUAGAUUCAAAUCUUUAUUUUAUUCACACUUCCUUCUUUUCUUAAAGGGCUACAUAUCUGUUUAACUAGUCUUACGUUCUCCUUAAAACUGCAAUAAAUUGCUAUGAAUUUCUAGUUAUUUUUAUAUAAGACCUUAAAACAUUUCAAAUAAUCUUUGCAUGUAGACCUAUAUUACACCUUGUAUGUAUGUACGUUAGACUUAAUUUACUUUUUUUUUUUUUUUUGGUAUGCGUACAGAAUUUAACUGCAAUAUUUUGUUUGUUUUUUAUCACCACAAUAUUUGUAUGUGCUUCCUGCUUAUGUCCUGUUUACCAACUUCUUACAGAAAAUAAAAGAGAAAAAACGGAAA